CGAGCCCUUCCCUCCCACCGCAGGGCCUGUUAGAGCCUGAAGCUGCGAGGGGGACGGGGUUAGUUUUUUUAUUAUCCGAAUGUGUUGGCGCAUUUAAUGUAGAAAGGGCUUCCCUUUCUUUGACUAUAAGGUACAUUUAUGACUUUGCACGGAGCCUUUAUGCGCAGUGAACACCGGGCCUAGAGAUUUGGACCAAAUGUCCUAACCAAAUACAAAAGGCUGUUGUUUUUACUUUGAUGCGAUGUUGACCUCUAAAAAAGAGUUUGCUGAUCCACUUUGAUGCGUAUGGAUAGGUGAAAUUUGGUUCCAGUAGUAUUCUUUCCAAAUUUGUCUGCUUCAGAGCCACAGUAUUCUUGUUUCAUUGAACUGUACCAGCUUGGAAUCCUUCAGUGCAAUUUUAAGAUGGAGACGGAUACUAUGAUUCCAAUAUGGCAGAAUAAACCUUAUGGAUCUUCUCGCAGUGUUGUUCGAAUGAUCGGAUCAAACCUCCCUUUGAAACCAUGUCCUCGUGUUUGUUUUCAGCUUGUUCCAGGGCUCACUGCAGCUGAGUCCCUGAAUCCUAUGCAUGGAGAUAGACCGGCUGUACCAACUUUGGCAGACAUUGCGUGGAUAGCUGCAGAUGAAGGAGAAGCUUUCACCAGGAUGAGAGCUGACGCCAGACCGUACAGGGAAGAAUGGCACCCUACGCCACUACUUAUAAUGCAUAGAAAUUCAUCAGUCCCUAACUUCCGAAAGGAAGGGAGGAAACAUGAAAGCCUGAAGAAGCCAGGUUUAACUGCUCUGAACCACACAGUUGCACUUCAAGACGAACUUAGCCGUUUGCGAGAGCAGAUUGCAAAAAUAGUUGCUGUGCCAGAGACCAAAAUGGACACCACAUCUGCUCCUCUUACGCCAGAACUUUGUUCUCCUGAUACAUCCAGCAUUGCCUGCUCUUUACCAGAUUUUGAAUCAGCAUACCCUCCAUUAGCAUCAUUUACCAUAAAUGAUGACAUUCCCGAGACAGAUGAACCUGAACCUUUAAGCCUUACAUCUUUUUCCAUUGCUGCUUCAUCAAACUUUGACUUUGAUUUUGAAAGUAAAGGGCAGGAUUUAACAAUCAACGAUGAGGGUGAUGACGAAACCUCCUGUCUUUCAAAAUCCACAAGCUUUGCGGACAUGAUGGAUAUUCUGAAAGAUAUGAAUAGGGUCAAAUUAAACUCAUUACAGGGGUCCAGGAGAGGUUCUCAGCUUUUGAGAGAGAAUGACCCUUCAGUGCUAAUAUCGGAAGCAUUGAAACGCAAGUUUACUGUUCAGGACAGCUGUAUUUUCAAGAAGGAAGACUGAUCAAAUAAGAUCUUCAUCCAGUAGUAACCCCUCUGCAAAUUUAAAACCAGGAUUGAGUUGGUGGGAAACUGAGUUACUUGGAAGGGACUUCUGUAUUCUCAGCCAGUUCAGUACACUCUGUGGACUCUGCUACUUGGAACAAACAUGAUGUGCUGAUCAGGACACCUUCUGCACACUUUUUGCACUGCAGUAUUACAGGUUGUGGAUACAAAUUUAUAGGUGAGGCAAGUUUGUAUUUGUGCCUUGCAUUUAAAAAAUUAAUGUGGAGUAAAGCCUCCCUUACCUCAGAUUCUAUUUGUUUAGUUCUGUUACAAGGAAUGAGUUGGUUUGGGGGUAGGGUUCAGUGGCAAAAGAUAGACUGAGGAUUUACCAUUUGAUUAAUGAAUACUUAGCGCUAAUUAUUCUUUUUGCCACUUCAUUUUGCUUCUCCCUGCUGACAUUUGUAUGCCCUGAAACAGGCUUCACAUACAUUAGUGGAAGGUUCAGUUGUUUUCUUUUAAUGUUUUAAAACAAUGGUUGGUAUCUCUUUUCACCACUGUUGGUUUUGCAUUCAGAUGGGCAAAACAGCUCUUGUGAUCCUUUUUCAGUUUCUUAAUGUCUUUUGCUUCCCCAAACCCCAACUGCCCUAUACGCUAAAAUUAGGCAAAUUGUCUCUGAAUCACAUAAUAGCAUCCUUGUUGUGAUUGGAUUGCAGCAGUGCAGAUUUAUGCUUGAAAAAUUUUGUAUAAUUUUCCUUUUUCUCAUUGAAAAGCUGAAGUUGUAGCAAAAGCUGUAAUUAAAUCAGUAUUUUCUUUUA